AUGUCCGUGAUCCGAGAAAUAGCUGUAUUCUUGUGCGCAUUGUCAUGGACAGCUUGUAGUGCACAGCUUUUGUUCCCAGGAGCAUGCCCUGAUGUGGCCGCGAUGAGCGAUUUUGAACCAAGUCGUUAUUUGGGGAAAUGGUACGAAGCUGAAAAGUACUUCGCAGUAUUUGAGCUUGGUGGUACCUGCAUCACCGCCAAUUAUAAGCUGAAGGAUAACGGCGCUAUCAGUGUUGUCAACGAGCAAUUCAACGUAUUGACCGGAACGAAGAAAUCUAUAACGGGUGAAGCUGUUCAAGUGAGUAGUUCGGAACCAGCUAAGCUGUCAGUAACCUUCUCCUCUCUACCAGUCAACAUGGCCGCCCCCUACUGGAUCGUGAGCACAGACUACGACUCAUACGCUCUUAUAUGGAGCUGCUACGACUUUGGAAUAUUUCAUACAAGAAAUGCUUGGAUCCUGACUAGACAAAGGAAACCUUCGGCAUCAGUUCUCGACGAAGCUUACUCCGCGGCUGACAAAAACAACAUUAAUAGGUCCUACUUCAUGAGGACGGAUCAAACGAACUGCUCUGAAGAUUCUUAA